AUGUAUUGUGCUGGAGAUGGUAAUUCUUGUCAAUAUGAAUGUGGUGGAAUUGGUAAAUGCAUAGAAGGUUGUCAAAAUGAAGCAUUACCAAAUAAUCUAAAAAACUAUAAUGAUAUGCAUUUGUGCAAAGUACGCAUCAUUUCAGAAGUAUAUUUAUCUAAAAUUGAUCGUCCAUGUCCUCUUAAAAUAAAAGUUUUAAAUAGCCAUUUACCAUCCAAUGUUCGUACAACACAUACACCACAAAUUAACCGGUUGAGUUUAACUAGGCAAGUACGUGAUAAUAUUAUAAUAAACCGUAGAGCAGACCAUAAAACAACAAAAAAUAUUAAAGCAAAAAUGUUGGCUCCUUACAAUGGUGCUAACGAAGAAGAUUUGCGAGAAGCAUUACGUAAUCAAAAGGAAUUAUGUGAGGAUAAAAAAUUGUAUAGGUUUUUGGUGCGUGAUGAUAGACAAACUAAAGAAAAUGCAGGACCAUAG